UUAGGAAAGUGGAUCUACACAAUGUAACCUACUUCGGUCUUGCUCUUCAAAACGAACAUUCCUAUUAACAGGUUUCCUACAAAUAAUACGAUACAUUCCUCUAAUUAUUGUUAGACAUCCAACUUCGUGUUUUGACAAGUGUAGGCCUACUGUUAGUUUUUAUUAGGGUAAGACUCAAAGACUCUUCUGUGCACAGUAAUCAAUGCUCAAUGUAAAAUAUCUUCUUACGUGAGUAAGAUAGACUGGCUCAAAACCAUGAGGAUUUUGACAUGGAACAUAAAUGGCAUAAGGACUUUCAAAGGUGGAAUUAAAAAUGCUUUUGACUCCUUGGAUGCUGACAUUGUCUGUCUCCAGGAAACAAAAGUGACGAGAGAUUUACUUGACGAAAGGACAGCGAUUGUAGAGGGCUACAACUCCUAUUUCAGCUUCAGUCGUGGGCGCAGUGGCUAUUCAGGGGUUGCAACAUACUGUAAAGACAGCGCCUCACCAUUUUCUGCAGAAGAAGGUCUGACAGGCCUGUUGAACACCAGCCAUGAGGGUGCUGUGGGCAGUUAUGGGAACCAGAAAGAGUUUUCCAGUGAAGAGUUACAGCUGUUGGACAAUGAGGGGCGGGCUGUCAUUACACAGCACAAAGUCAUGUACGAUGGGGAAAAAGUGCUCCUUUUAAUAAAUUCAGCUAUUACCAAAAUUGAUUGGUUGUCUGAUGGACUGUAACAGUAUGCACAUUAUCCAUGCAUGCUUUCUUGCAUCG